ACCAAGGGACUUUUUGUCAGGCCGCAAGUGUUCGAAGCGAAAUCACCUCGUUUGAAAGAAAUGGCACCAUCACCCACAAAGCGGAAGGAGGAAGAAAAAACAAAAGAUAGAGGCAAAGAAAAAAGUGGUACUAAGGAUGGAGACAAGGAAAGAGGACGAGAGAAAGUAAGGAAACGCCGCAGUGCUUCCACUGGCAGCAGCAGCAGCAGAUCCAGAUCUAGCUCUACCUCAAGCAGCAGCUCUGGUUCCAGCUCCGGGUCAUCAAGUGGAUCCAGCUCAUCCGGUUCCAGUCGCUCUGGUUCCUCCAGCUCGCGUUCCUCCUCCUCUUCCAGCUCCUCGGGUUCCCCAAGCCCCAGCCGCCGACGCCAUGACAACCGCCGCCGCUCACGCUCAGCGUCCAAAACACAGAAGAGGGGAGAUGAUAAGGAACGAAGGAAAAGAAGUCCAAGCCCCAAGCCAACUAAAGUUCACCUGGGGCGGCUGACCAGGAAUGUCACCAAGGACCACAUCCAGGAGAUCUUUUCCACUUAUGGGAAAAUAAAAAUGGUUGAAAUGCCAAUGGACAGGCUCCACCCACACAUGUCCAGAGGUUACGCUUACGUAGAGUUUGAGACUCCAGAGGAGGCCCAGAAGGCCCUCAAACACAUGGAUGGAGGUCAGAUUGACGGACAGGAAAUUUCUGCAUCUGCUGUGCUGACUCAGCGAGUCCGUCCUCCACCUCGUAGACCUUCUCCACCUCGCCGAAUGCCCCCACCACCACCUAUGUGGCGUCGCAGCCCACCGCGCAUGAGGAGAAGGUCCCGCUCCCCAAGGAGACGGUCCCCAGCACGGCGCCGCUCUCGCUCCAGAUCUCCUGGUCGCAGGCGUCACCGCUCUCGUUCCAGCUCCAACUCCUCCAGAUAGAUGGGUUUCCUGCCUCCGGAUGCCAAGUGAUCAUUUAGGUUCUCUGACACCAGAUCACCCGGAUACCUGCUCUGACAGACCUUAUGGACUCACCAGAAAUAAAAUCAUCUGAUUUGUAGCCAACAUAAACAUCUGCCUGCAUGUAGGAAGUGGACAUGUUUUUUUUUUUUGUUUGUUUUUGGCAAGUGUGAGUUUCUUUUUAUAUUUUGUGUUAAUCCUACAAAGCUGGGUCAGUUUUGUUUUAGGCUGAGUUUAGGUUCUACUGAGAUCUACAAAUAUUUCUUUUUAAGUGUAUCUUCUUUUUACCAUGUACUGAAUUUUUAGACAUUUUGACAAAUAAAUGUGCUGAAACAUCAGAGUUCAGUUUGUAAAAGUCAUGUUGAGAAUCUGAAGGGUCUUUGCUGUUAACCUUCUUGGCACAGUGCCUGCCUGAUCUGUUUUCUUAACAUAACCUUACACAAUACUUGGAUAACAUGUUAAUGUUCAUUCUUUCUGCCAUAUGUUCAAAUGAAUAUGGAGAGCCAAAAAUAAACAGCAGUGUGCCCACA